GCCCGCAGCGUUUGUCCGCAUGCUCAGCGCAGAGCUGUUCAGUUGAGCUGGGGCGCAGGUGGACGGGAGCGCACCCUGUAAAUAGUAGCUCUUCUUUUACGGCUCCCUCCGUAAAAGUAUAUUUCGUUGUAUAUUGGAAAUAAUAUUCACACAUAUGCUGAAUAUUUUGGACGAAAUAAUAUUAUUUUCUAGGACAUGUGGAAUGACUUGUAAAUGCAUAUAUAAAACUCGUUUCUACUGUGGAGGACAGUAGACUUCUUGUGUUGAAGACAGAUUAUACUAUAAGUUAGUCUUUGACACGUCGCUGUACUAAGACACACACAGAUCCAGCAUCAUGGUCAUUAUGACAGACAGCAGCACGGGCACUCGGUCCAGUCCAGCUGGGGCCAGGCCUCUGCAGGUCGGCUUUUAUGAAAUCAUCAGAACACUCGGCAAAGGAAAUUUUGCUGUUGUGAAACUGGCCAGACACAAAGUGACAAAAACACAGGUUGCAAUUAAAAUAAUUGAUAAGACAAGACUGAACUCUGAGAACUUGGAGAAGAUCUACAGGGAGGUUCAGAUCAUGAAACUGCUCAAUCACCCUCACAUCAUCAAACUCUAUCAGGUUAUGGAGACCAAAGACAUGCUGUACAUUGUGACAGAGUUUGCAAAAAAUGGAGAGAUGUUUGAGUAUCUGACGUCUAACGGACGGAUGAGUGAAAAUGAGGCUCGUAAGAAGUUCUGGCAGAUUCUGACAGCGGUGGACUAUUGCCAUCAGCACCACAUUGUCCACAGAGACCUAAAAACUGAAAACCUGCUGCUAGAUGCCAACAUGAACAUCAAACUGGCAGAUUUUGGAUUUGGAAACUUUUAUAAUGCUGGUGAGCCUCUAUCCACAUGGUGCGGAAGCCCACCAUACGCUGCCCCGGAGGUCUUCGAGGGCAAAGAAUACGAGGGACCACAUUUGGACAUUUGGAGUCUUGGUGUGGUCUUGUAUGUGCUGGUGUGUGGGUCCCUGCCCUUCGAUGGGGACAGUCUUCCUGCCCUGCGACAGAGAGUUACAGAGGGCCGCUUCAGAAUACCAUUCUUUAUGUCACAAGACUGUGAAAACCUGAUUCGGAAGAUGCUUGUGGUCGACUCAGCCAAGCGAAUCAGCAUAGCCCAGAUCAAGCAGCACCGCUGGAUGUUAGCAGACCCCAGCGCACCCCACCAAAUCCUUUCCCAGUCUUUUACUGACUAUAACUCCAACCUGGGAGACUACAGUGAACCUGUCUUGGGGAUCAUGCAGACACUGGGCAUUGACAGGCAGAGGACUGUUGAGUCUCUCCAGAACACCAGUUACAACCACUUCUCAGCAAUUUAUUACCUGCUGCUAGAAAGAGUGAAGGAGCACCGUAGCCAGCUGCUCAGCCGCCAGUGCGGUGCCUGGAAUCCAAGAUCCAGGACGGCAUCCGAUUCCUCCACCCCGGAGGUGAUUAUGGAGUCAUCUGACAGCUUCGGGACGUCCGCUUUUCAUACUGCCUCAAAGGUGAACACUUCAGUCCAUUCGGAGAUCGAAUGCGAACAAGGAGGACUUUUUCAGCGUGUGGUUUGCCCAGUGGAAGCCAGUCUAAAAGGGCUCAUGUGGAACCGAUCCAUCUCACCCAACAGUCUGCUGGAGACCACCAUCAAUGAAGAAGUGCGGCCUCAUGACCUUGAGGAGGAAGAGGGGAUGCUGCAGGUCCAGGCCCCCCAUCUCCCCAGCACCACCUCCCGCAGACACACGCUGGCUGAAGUCUCUGCGCGAUUCCACCAGUGCAAUCCACCUUGUAUAGUGGUUAGCCCCUCAGAUGGUGCUUCUUCUGACAGUUGUCUGAAGUCCUCUUCCAACCCGAACCCAACUCUAUCCAAUGGUAUUGGGGACCUUUCAACGCUCUUUGUUUCUGGGACUGGCCCGGGAGCCUUAGUUCCUGCUGGAACACAGCUAGCUUUAUCCUCCAACCUGCUCCUACAGAACCAAGGAAGUAUGCUUGCAGCCAGCUUCCAAGAGGGCCGUAGGGCUUCAGACACCUCCCUUACGCAAGGACUGAAAGCAUUCCGACAGCAGUUGAGGAAGAACACACGUACAAAAGGCCUUCUGGGGUUGAACAAGAUCAAAGGUCUUGCACGACAGGUGUGCCCUCCGACCUCAUGCUCCAGGGGCAGCCGGGGUUCGCUGGGACCAAGCAUGUGUCCUCCCUCAAGCCUCCAGAGCUCUAGUGGUCCUCGUGAGCGUCGUAGCAUGUUGGAAGAGGUUCUACACCAGCAGAGAAUGCUACAGAUUCAACAUCAACCUCAGCCACAAGUUCAGUCCCAACCCCAACAGUCCGUGCUUUUCUCCCUCCCCUCGUCUCCUCCAUCCAACAAUCUCUUUGCCCCCGCUGCCCUCUUUUCCAACCCUCCCACUCAGCCUAUCCUCCCAACAUGCCAGCAGACCUCUAUCACCCUCCAGCACAACCUGUGGCAGCAGCAGCAGUCACUUGACUCCUCAUCCCUCUCUCCCGUGGCUUCGGCUGCCCAUCUUCUGGAAGCUCGCCUGCACAUCAGCCAGCGUCCACAUCUCCAACCACACCCUCAGACCCAGCAGCACCUGCUGAUCCAGCCCAGCAUCCAGCCCCAGGGGCUUUUCUCCCUUGUGCCUCACCAGGGCGGUUGGAGCUUCAACACCAGCACUGAUUCAGAAGCAGAUGUCCAGGGACUGGCUUGUGCUCGUCAAAAACAGCAGCUCAGCAGCUGUGUCAUGGUCAAGUAAAGAAAGAAAAAAUCGAGAAGAAUUAUUGAAAGAUUGAUAAAUCUUAAGAGUUAUGCCUCCACCACUCUUGGUCCAGAAUGAGCUGAUGGUGUUGAGCAGAGAACAUACUUUAGGAACAUCAGAAACCAGUCAGCAUCCUAUUUUGGUGAUGCGCUCGGUUUUUGAUGCAUGAAGACGCUUGUACUAUAUCUGGAACAUCACGCAAUUCCACGUUUGUGUCUGUAUGUGAUGGAAUAACCAGAGGAAAUGAGAAAGAAGCAAUAACCAAACUCUUUAUCGAGCCCAUAAACCCUUGUCAUGUGCUCCUGUCUGCAUAGCAAUAAAGGACAGGCCACUACACAGGGAAUGAUAGAGUGUUUCUAAGGUCUAAACUAUUUGCAAGUGGAUCAGCUCGCAUAUUACACUAGCCUCCAUGAUUAUGUCAAAGACAUUUUUUCUUUUUUUUUCUAAAUAGAAUUUUUAUGUCUUCCGUACAGAUUUUUCCAAAAAUUUCCUUUCAGGGUUUAAGCUUUUUUUUGUCUGUUUGUUUCUCACAUCUCCAGAGAAGACCAAAGCCGAUAGCUCUUUGCAAUUGUUUUUUGCCUCUUUGAUUCCUUACCUUGAUGUUUUGAAACAGAGUAUCCUAAACUUCCAAAAACCAAGAAAAAAAUAAUAAUACUGUCAUUUCAUCUGUGAUGUGAAAACAUGCGUUGCACAAAUUAGCCAAGCUAUGCGGCAAAUGAUUUCCGAACAACGAUGAGGUCAUCGAAGGUGCCCUACUAUGUGGGAAAAUGAAGACAGGAUUAAGCUAGAUAAGCACAAUAGGUACUGCAUAGAUGUUCACGUAGAAAAUUGUGUGAAUGUUUGUCUUUGUGCUGUUUGUGACAUUGACUUUUAAUGCUGCUUUAUGUUUUGUCAGGUCCAGACAAAGACACUAUGCUAUUUACUCAUACAGAUGUGCACCAACCAAUGACUUAUGCUUAAGGAAAAUAGGAGACAUUGUUAGAAAAACUCUUCCGUCACAUCACUACCUCCUGCAUUACUGAUCAUUCACCUCAGAAGGCUGUAUUUAAACAGACACUGUAUGAGUAUGAGUCCACUGACCCUCAUUACCAAUGUACUUUUUUUUUUCUUUAAGUCAGUGAACAAAGAUUAUGAGAAUAGUGCAAUAUUUCACAUUGAAAUGUAGAUCCAGGACAAGAAGCUGUAGGAAAGCAAAAGGUACUUAAUGCCUGAUCGUGUUAUUUUCUUAUUUCUUAUUUAGAACAUGAUUUCUAUUUGUAUUGAUUGUAUGUACAAGAUUAUUUUAAAUAUGUUCUGCGUUAGCAUAAGAAAAUACGAGCUCUGUAAUUUUUACGGCUCAUACUCUUUGUGACACAGGUUGCCUUUGUGUCCAGGUUGGCUUUGCAGAAAUAGGUAAAGCAAAAGAUAGAAAGCACAGGAGAUAUUACUGCGUUUUCAAAGAUGUCACAGUGGUGAAAAGCUCUCUGUUUAAUUAAGUGUAGCGUGUUCAGAAUCUGGCGAAAUUAGUCCUACUGCUAUGAUACGGUAGCUGGCUCUUCUAGCUAACAAAUCUUUGAUAAGCAAUUGUUUUAAAGAGCUGGUCUCAGAAGGAUCAUUUCUAUUAUUUACUAUUUGAAAUGCACACAUAUACACACACAUAGUUGAACACAUCUUGUAGCAAUAGAGUUCCUUUCUAUGUUUGUGGUUCGUUUUAAAAUCUGCGUGUGAAAUAUUGCAUCCAGGUGCUAGACAUAGAUUUUAGAAGUGGUCUGGAUUUGUGUGUAAUUUAUAUUGAACAAUCAUGUUUUAACAUUAUUGAAACUCAAAGCUUUGCUUGAAGCACUGUUUCCACAAUCCUGUUGCAUGUCUGUCUAGUGUAAAUGUAUCAUGUAUGUGCAAUGCUUUCUAGAAGUUUAGAAAGUAACUGUGUUGUUUGCAAACUGGGUCAUAAAACAAGUGUUUGAAACCGGUACAGAAAAAGAUGAUUGAAGAUAUUGGAAGAAACAGUAUUAAGCAUUUUCCCUUUUCACCUACUCACCACCAACAAUUGUGCCUUUUUCUGAACAAAUCUAUUGGUGGUGUAAUUUUGAUUUUAAAACACCGGAAAGCUACAGACGUGAACAUCAUAUGCUUUUGUUAGUUUAUAUUUUCAUUUUAAUUUGCUGUCUGACAAUAAUGCACUUUAUAGUGACGACUGCUUGUGUUAAAAAUAGUGUUUCCACUGCUGGUUAAGAUAUGUAUGAGGUUAAUUUAAUGUUACUUUUUACUUUUGAAACAUCAUAUUUUGCUGAAAAACUUUGUAUUUGUUAUAUUUCCCUGGUUUGCUUGCUUUUUAUUGUAUGUGUGCUUACAAAGUGAGAGGAAUUACACAUGGUUAUGUGAAAGUACCUGAGAGAACAUGUUUUAUUUAUGUGGCUAUUUAUUUGAAUAAAAACUCACCACUUGGAAUUA